UUUUUGGAUUGCCUUUGACACACACAAAAUAAAAUUAUUAUUAUGGAUCGUCAGCAUCAACGCGGUAGUAGAGGUGGUCGAGGAGGAUCCCGAGGUGGUUUCAAUAAUCGGAAGCCAAGACACGAUCCAAGUAUUGGAUCUCGACUUCCACAGAAAAUUCAGGAAGAAUUAGAAGAGCAAGAAACCGAUAAACGUCAAUUUACAAAGAACUUUAUCAACAAAGUCGGUAAUCGCAAAGAAUUACGGAAACAGAAACGUGUAGAUAAAGGAAAACGAAAGGCAGCACACCAAGCUGGCGUUACUCAUGCUGCUCCUGCAGCCAAACGUCAAAAAGCAAACAACAAUACCAGCAAUGCAAACAAUAAUCAUAAUACCACCGCAAUUACUAAAAAACAAGUUGACAAAAGACCUGCCGCUGAAGCCCCCACUGUCACUGCUGCCGAAUCGAAUGGAGCACAAAAGAAAAAAGCAGCCACCACCAAGACAGCAAACAUCGAUGCUAGUGCACUCAAACGGCUGUCAAAAUCAAAUCCACACUUAUAUUCGCUUUUGGAAUCCGAUAACUUGCUCAAUAGUACGAACGAUCCAAGUUUUGCUGAGGAUGAUCGAGAAAUUGCCUAUUGGGAAAAGAAACUUGGUGUGAGCAAAAAGAAAAGCGGCAGCGGUCUAAAAAAGGCGCUUCAGGACGACGGCUUAUUGGAACUUUUCGGUGGCAUGGGUGAAGGCGACGAGGAAGAUGAUGAUGAUGAAGACAUCGAUUAUCAGGAGUACUUGAAGCAGAAGAGACAGAAGAAGAAGAUGCAGCAGGAUAUUGAAGCACAGGGCGAGGAGGCUGUGGAUGACCUAUUUGCUGGACUGGAUGGAAGUGAGGAGGAAGAGGACGAUGGGGACUUAUCGGGAGACGACAGAGAAGAAUUGCUCGAAGAUGGAGAUGCCAUGUCUGAAGACGAAGAAGACGACGAUGAAAGUGAUUCUGAUGGGGACCAAGUUGAAGAGUUGGAGGAUGAAGAGAUGGUCGAAGGUAGCGAAGAGGACGAAGGAGAACUUUCAGAAGAAUACGAAAAUAUGACGGAUCCAGAAGAAGAAGAAGGAAGUGAAAACGAUGAAAAGGAAAUUGAAUCCAAGGAGCCAGAAACGCCAACGCCAGCAAAACCAGCUGCUGUCAGUGCAGCUACGAAAUACGUUCCUCCCCAUCUUCGAAAAGCCCCUGCGACCAAGUCAGAACAGCAGAUCAAACUCCAUCGACUUUUACAAGGUCAACUUAACAGAUUGAGUGAAAGCAAUAUAGAAGCUAUUCUGUUACAGAUUGAAGAAUGUUACGAAAGUUAUCCUCGUCAUGACGUAACGUCGACUAUCACAAACAUUAUUCUGGACUCUAUCGCACAAAAGUCCAACCUGCUAGAUUCCUUUGUUGUAUCGUAUGCAUCUAUUGCAAGCGGCAUCUACAGACUUAAAGGUGUCGAUUGUGCUGCAUUUUUCGUUCAGAGCUUGGUCGAGGCAUUUGAAAAAGAAUACAAAAAAUGCCAGGAAGCAGCAGCGCGCGGUGAGAGUUUGAACGACGAAGUGACCCCUGGUGCUCGAGAAGCCAAGAAUUUGUUGACGCUUUUGCUCGAACUAUACAACUUUCAAGUGGUUGCUUGUGUCUUGGUAUACGACAUUGUCCGCGUUCUGAUUGGCCAUCUUGACGAAUACAGUGUGGAAUUGCUUCUUAAAAUUGUAAAAACUGCGGGUGCCCAGUUACGUGCAGAUGAUCCAGCAGCUUUGAAAGAUAUCAUUGAUGAAAUUCAAAAAGAAACGGCCAAGCGUGAUCCAAAGACUAUUUCGACUCGUCACAAAUUUAUGCUGGAGACACUCGCUAACAUCAAAAACAACAAGAUAAAGAGUGGGCCUACUGCCUCAGGACAGGCCGAUAAAGAGCUCGUGAACAAAAUGAAGCGAUUCUUGAACAGUCUCGGCAAGAAGCGUAGUGUGCAGAUUGCUGAACCUCUGCGUGUCAGUUUGGAAGAUAUCCACCAAAUCGAGACAAAGGGUAAAUGGUGGUUGGUUGGCGCAUCCUGGAAAGAUAACUUGGUCGGUACCGAAAGCAAACGCAAGGAACCAGCCAAAAUGGCCAAGGAUUUGAAGAAGGAUCAGUCCAUGCAAGCAGCAUUGCUUAAAUUGGCAAGAAAGCAAGGGAUGAACACUGAUAUUCGACGAAGUAUAUUCAUUACAACCAUGAGUGCAGAGGAUUAUCUGGAUGCAUUUGAAAGACUAAUGAAACUCGGUCUAAGUGAAGUGCAACAGCGCGAGAUUGCGCGUGUGUUAUUACAGUGUACUGGCAAUGAAAAAACAUUUAAUCCAUACUACAUGCUCGUCGCCAAACGUCUGUGCGAGUAUAACCACUCAUUCAAGGUCACCUUCCAGUACUGCUUAUGGGAUUUCCUGCGCGAGUGCGGUGAACGAGAAGUUGGCGGUUUAGAACGAACUAUGAUUGAAAGCGCGGAUACGAACAACGAUGGAUUAAACGUUCGAUCCAGUCGCAUUGUCAAUGUUGCCAAAUUCUAUGCUGCAUUAAUAGCACACGAGUGCAUGUCUCUCGCGGUGCUAAGAAGUGUCAACUUUAUGACGUUGGGGCAAAAGGGUCGAUUAUGGCUGCAAAUACUGUUUAUCAACGUCUUCUUGCAGCUCAAGAAUGAAGCAGACUACACGCGGGCCGUGGCCACCGUCUUUACCAAAAUCAUCGAGUUACGGACGCUUGCUCAGGGUAUCCUCUUUUUCCUCCAAGAGUCGGUGGUACACAAAUGUGCAGGCAUUCUGGGUAGCAAAACGGACGUGGAAGUUGUACAAAAAGGUUGCAAGGCUGCAAAGGAUACUAUAAGCCGGAAAUAAAUGUUAGCCUAGAUGUGUAUUCUUUUAAAUAUUUAAUAAUCUAAUCACUAAUGAUACAAGGAUAACCAAGUUUAGC